AUGGAAGAUCCAGAACAAAAGAAACUCGACAAGGCAAUGCCGUGGGUGGGCUUCUACAUCGCCGCCGCCUCCGCCGUCUGCACCAUCGCCAUGGCCGCCGACGCCUUCAAAGGCUUCCGCCGCCGGAAGCUCUGGUUCCCCUGCACCUACUUCUCUCUCAACCCGACCUCCCUCACCCUUCUCGGCGUCGCCAUGAAGCUCACCCUCGACCUCACCGCCGUCAUGAAGAACAUCAAGAUCGCCAAGCUCACAUCUCUGGUUUUCCUCACAACUUCCAUGGCCAACUUCACCUCCUCCCUUGGAUCCAUAGACGGCAAGCACGUCCUCUCCAACGUCGUCGCCCUCGCGAUUCUGGUCACAACGGUUCUUGUCGACGUCACAAUCCGGCUCAUCAUGCUGAACCGGAUUAACUUCUAUAUUCCACCCAUGAUCCUCAUGUAUCUCUCUCUUGUAACCCUGGUUUCGCUGGCGGCUGCAGCUCCGGCCAUGAAGCAGAGCCUGGAGGCCGCCUAUCGCGAAAAGUAUAGGGUGACUUCGAAUGAGGAUAGAGAGAGAUUGAUGUUGAGAAAUGAGGGUUUGGUGAUUGAUGAGAGGAAAAGGUUUAUGAUGAAGUAUUGGGUGAUGGUGGCAACUUCCAAUCCUGAGUUCGUGAUGGCUCGUUCCGUUGUUUGCACCAUGUCGGCCUUGCUCUGCUUGAUCUCCCUGAUUACCCUCCCAAUUGCCUAUGACGUCGUGUGGAGAAGGAACGAAGGCCCGUCUGUGUAUAGAGGCUCCGUUGAGUGGAUUCUCUAUACACAAACUGUGGGGGUUGUGGUCUCCACCAUAGCCCCCCUAUCAAGAUGGCUCGUUGUUGUCAGCUUUAAGCGUGAAACGACGAGCCUGGGCAGGCUGAGAGACGAGAUGAAGGUCGAGAGGUAUUGGUUUCAAACCCUGGAUGAUGUGAGAGGGAGAUUCUCAGGUUUGAAGAUCUUAGGGCAAGGCAAGUUCUUGCAUGAUGUGAAAUGGCAAGGUGUAACUUUCUUCAUCGGGGUUCAGAAAUCGAUCAUACUCCUAAGCAAAUUGUUCGUGUUCAUCUCUUCAUUUCUCAUGACUCCGCUCUUCUACUGCUGGGAGUGGUUCUUCUCAAACGAAUCGGGAAGCGACAAAGGGCUGAAUCUCAAUCUCAGUAGUUAUGCAGUUCUGCUCCCAGGCGAAGCAGAGCUGCCGGCCAAUGUAGUGAGGAAUAUUUGUAAGGAAGCGGAAAACAUGAUUCAGAAUGGUAGAACAAAGCAACCAAAAAGGUGUACAAGUUUCAUAUCCAAAUCUAUCUGCUUCAAAGGAUUAGGAUUAUUCGACAACACCCAGAUUCCACCCCUACAUUCUCAAGAACCCCCGAAUUGUUGGUCGUUGCCAGUGGUCACACUAGCAAGCAUUGCUCUCGCCAUCCCUCACACCCCAGAGAAGAAGAGAGAUGACCUUUUACACAGUGUGAAGGAAGGCCUCGAUCUAACUAAGCUAGUCGAGAAAACCCUGUUGAAAAACGACAGAGAUCUCAACAACAUCAAAGAAGCUGCGGACAUGUGUUGGGUGGGAGUCCUUCUUUACAAGAAAUGGUUCGAUGUGGACAUCAAGAAAAUGUCACUCGAGUGCAAGAACUCGAGUGAGAUGCUGCUAGAGCUCUCAGGCAAGGCAAAGACAAUGGUGGUCGAGUUUUUAACUAGUUCUUCUGCAAAAGAUCCUCUAGACUGGCCGGCUAGGGUUGUUGCUGCGAACUCAAUGUACAGAAUCAGUCAAAGUGUAAUGUUGUUUGCUGGGGAGGACGACGAAGGGGUGUUUGAGAGAGUGUGCGUGAUGAUGGCGGAUGUUAUGGCGGCGUGUUUUACUAAUUUAGGUAAUGUGAUGAACGUGAUGUGUCGAGGUAGCGAGAUAGAGAAGAGAGAGAAGAGCGUUGGGAAAGCGUUUAAGCUUCUGGGGAAGACGGAGGAGAUCGUUGAAGCAGUGCAGCGGCUCGAAUGGCCGGCAAUGGAUCACGAGAGAGCGGUGAAGAUCGAAGAAUGGCAGGCUUGGUUUCGACAGACCGGAAAGGUUGCUGUCGGGAUUGAUGAAGCCUUAGCUAUACAAGUAGAUAUCUGA